GGUGAAAGGAGGAGUCUCCCAGCUCUGUAUUUAAACAGGUCAGGUAUUCAACUAACACCUGUCAGCUACAGCAGAGUCCUGCUUCCCUCUACAACAGGAAAGCCUGGUCCAUCCUGCUCACAGUCCGCUAAGUCUACUGUCCAACAGCUGCUGCUGCUGCUGAUGAUGAUGAUGCCUGCUCUGUCCUCUGCAGCCCUGCUGCUGCUGCUGCUGCUUCCUGGGACCCUGACUGAGUCCCAUCCUCCAGUUUCUAUUAGUGUGGUGGUGGAGUCACCAAACACCAAACCAGUGACUUACACCACUCAUGUGGUUUUCAGAGGGAUCCUGCUGGGUGCACUGAAAAGACUCAUGAACUCCAAUGCAAACUUUAAGUUCACCUACACAGAAGAUCCAAACUAUGGUCCAUACCUGGAGAGUGUGAAUGGUGUGGCUGGAAGUGCUGAAGACCACACAUACUGGGAGCUCUUGGUGGAGACUCCAGAUGACAAAACCAUAAGACCUGAUGUUGGUAUUGGGUGUUACAUUCCCAGCGCAAAUGACAAAAUCAUUCUGAGGUUUUCAAAGUACAACAACCAAUGUACAACAUGAGAUCAGAGCCA